GCGAGGAGUUCGGCCGGCCGCGCCGCGGCGAGGGUGACACACACACCAUGGUCACAGCGCCCGAAGGACUCCGCGCCGCUGCCGAGCAGCACUCCCCGGCUCUCCCGUCCUCCACAGCCGCCUGGGCCGCGCCGUGCGCGGGCGGCCGUCGCUGAGGCGCUGCGAAGUCGCCGCGGGCCGGCGGGAGCUCGGUGGGGGUCGCCGCCCGGCGAUGCUGCUGCUUCUCCGGUCGCCGUCCCUAUCCGCGCACUCCCGAAGCAGCUCGGGGAAGAAGAGGCGGCGGCUCUCGGCGCCCGCGCGCUGCGCUCCGGUGGCUGCACCGGGGCUCCCCCACGCACCGGCAAUAUGCAUGUGUCACUAGCAGAGGCCCUGGAGGUUCGGGGUGGACCACUGCAGGAGGAGGAAAUAUGGGCUGUAUUAAAUCAAAGUGCUGAAAGUCUCCAAGAACUAUUCAGAAGAGUGAGCAUUGCUGACCCUGCUGCCCUUGGCUUCAUCAUCUCUCCAUGGUCGCUGCUGUUGAUGCCAUCUGGCAGUGUGUCCUUUACAGAUGAAAACAUUUCCAAUCAGGACCUUCGAGCAUUCACUGCACCAGAAGUGCUUCAAAGCCACUCACUAACUUCCCUCUCAGAUGUUGAAAAGAUCCAUAUUUAUUCUCUUGGAAUGACAUUGUAUUGGGGGGCUGAUCAUGAAGUGCCUCAGAGCCAGCCCAUCAAGCUGGGAGACCAUCUCAACAGCAUUCUGCUAGGCAUGUGUGAGGAUGUCAUCUACGCCCGGGUGUCGGUGCGGACUGUUCUGGAUGCCUGCAGUGCCCACAUCAGGAAUAGCAACUGUGCACCUUCGUUUUCCUAUGUAAAGCAGUUGGUAAAGCUGGUUCUGGGAAAUAUUUCUGGGACGGAUCAGCUGUCCUGUAGCAGUGAGCAAAAACCUGAUCGAAGCCAGGCUAUUCGAGACCGGCUGAGAGGCAAAGGAUUACCCACAGGAAGAAGUUCCACUUCUGAUGUUCUAGACACACACAAGGCUCCAUUCUCUCAUCAGACUUUUCUUAACAAAGGGCUUAGUAAGUCUAUGGGAUUUCUGUCCAUCAGAGACACACAAGAUGAGGAAGAUUGUUUCAAGGAUAUCCCAUCUGAUAAUAACUCCAGGCUUGAAGAUUCUGGGACUGUCUCCUCCCCUUACCAGUUCAAAACUAGCAGUCCACAAAAAAAGGUCCCCGGAAUUGACGCACUCUCCAAGAAGAAGGUCUGGGCUUCGUCCAUGGACUUGCUUUGUAUGACUGACAGGGACUUUCCCCGAGAGACUGGCAGGCUCUAUGACCCUGAGGCUGUAACAGGACGGACUUCAACCACUCCCAGAAAGAAAGAGGCCAGGUACUCUGAUGGAAGCAUUGCCUUGGAUGUCUUUGGCCCUCAGAAAGUGGAGCCAAUGUAUCACACUCGGGAAACACCAACUUCCUCUGCAGUAUCAAGUGCUUUGGACCGAAUUCGAGAGAGGCAAAAGAAACUUCAGGUUCUGAGAGAAGCCAUGAAUGUAGAAGAACCAGCUCGAAGAUACAAAACUUACCACAGUGAUAUCUUUAGUACCUCCAGUGAAAGCCCAUCUAUUAUCUCCUCGGAAUCAGAUUUCAGACAAGUGAGACGAAGUGAAGCUUCAAAGAGGUUUGAAUCUAGCAGCGGUCUUCCUGGAGUUGAAGAAGCUGGUCAGGGCCAGUCACAGAGACCACGACAGUAUGAAACAUCCCUCGAAGGCAACUUAAUCAAUCAGGAGAUGAUGCUAAAGCGACAGGAAGAAGAAAUGAUGCAGCUACAAGCUAGGAUGGCUCUCCGCCAGUCUCGGUUGAGCCUAUCUCCGGGGGACACAAUCAAAGUUUCCAUGCUUGAUAUAUCCAGAGAUCCACUAAGAGAAAUUGCCCUGGAGACAGCCAUGACCCAGAGAAAACUGAGGAAUUUCUUUGGCCCCGAGUUUGUGAAGAUGACAAUUGAGCCAUUUAUUUCCUUGGAUUUGCCACGGUCUAUCCUUAACAAGAAGGGGAAGAAUGAGGACCACCGGAGAAAAGUCAACAUAAUGCUCCUCAGUGGGCAGAGACUGGAGCUCACCUGUGACACCAAGACCAUAUGCAAGGAUGUCUUUGAUAUGGUCGUGGCUCACAUCGGCCUAGUGGAGCAUCAUUUGUUUGCUCUAGCUACCCUCAAAGAGAAUGAAUAUUUCUUUGUUGAUCCUGACUUAAAGUUAACCAAAGUGGCCCCAGAGGGAUGGAAAGAAGAACCAAAGAAAAAGGGCAAAGCUGCUGUUGAUUUUACUUUGUUUUUCCGAAUUAAAUUUUUCAUGGAUGAUGUUAGCUUGAUACAACACAGCCUAACCUGCCAUCAGUAUUAUCUUCAGCUGCGGAAAGACAUUCUGGAGGAGAGGCUGCACUGUGACGAUGAGGCAUCCCUACUGCUUGCAUCCUUAGCUCUCCAGGCAGAGUAUGGAGAUUACCAGCCAGAGGUCCAUGGCGUGUCCUACUUUCGCCUGGAGCAUUAUCUGCCUGCCAGAGUGAUGGAGAAACUUGACCUGUCCUACAUUAAAGAGGAGUUACCCAAGUUGCAUAACACGUAUGCAGGAGCCUCUGAGAAGGAGACAGAGCUUGAGUUCUUAAAGGUCUGCCAAAGGCUGACAGAAUAUGGAGUUCAUUUCCACCGGGUGCACCCUGAAAAAAAGUCACAAACAGGAAUAUUGCUUGGUGUCUGUUCCAAAGGCGUGCUUGUGUUUGAAGUUCACAACGGAGUGCGCACCUUGGUCCUACGCUUUCCAUGGAGAGAAACCAAAAAGAUUUCCUUUUCAAAAAAGAAAAUCACAUUACAGAACACAUCGGAUGGAAUCAAGCAUGCCUUCCAGACUGACAGCGGUAAGGUAUGCCAGUACCUGCUGCACCUCUGCUCUUCCCAGCACAAGUUCCAGCUGCAGAUGAGGGCUCGGCAGAGCAACCAAGAUGCCCAAGACAUUGAGAGAGCUUCGUUUAGGAGCCUGAACCUGCAAGCAGAGUCUGUUAGAGGAUUUAAUAUGGGCCGCGCAAUCAGCACUGGCAGUCUGGCCAGCAGCACCCUCAACAAGCUUGCCGUCCGACCCCUGUCAGUUCAAGCUGAGAUUCUGAAGAGGCUCUCCUGCUCAGAGCUGUCGCUUUGCCAGCCAUUGCAAAACAGUUCAAAAGAGAAGAAUGACAAAGCUUCAUGGGAGGAAAAGCCUAGAGGGAUGAGUAAAUCCUAUCAUGACCUCAGUCAGGCCUCUCUCUAUCCUCAUCGGAAACAGGUCAUUAACAUGGAGUCCCUACCACCAGCCUUUGCAGAGUUGGUGGGAAAACCAAUGUACCCGAUGGCGAGAUCUGACACAGAGUCAUUGGCAGGACUCACAAAGCUUAAUAAUUCAAAGUCUGUUGCCAGUUUAAAUAGAAGCCCUGAAAGGAGGAAACAUGAAUCAGACUCAUCCAUUGAAGACCCUGGUCAAGCCUAUGUUGUAGGAAUGACUUUGCCUAGUUCUGGAAAAUCUUCAUCCCAAGUACCCUUUAAAGACAAUGAUAUACUACACAAAAGAUGGAGCGUAGUGUCUUCCCCAGAGAGGGAGAUCACACUGGUGAAUCUGAAGAGGGACUCAAAGCUGGGCUUAGGAUUUCAAAUUAUUGGUGGGGAGAAGAUGGGCAGGCUGGACCUGGGUGUGUUCAUCAGUUCAGUUACUCCUGGAGGACCAGCUGACUUGGACGGGUGCUUAAAGCCUGGAGACCGCUUGAUAUCUGUGAACAGUGUGAGUCUAGAAGGGGUCAGUCACCAUGCUGCAGUUGACAUUCUGCAGAAUGCCCCUGAAGAUGUGACACUUGUCAUCUCCCAGCCAAAAGAAAAACCACACAAAGUGCCUUCUACUCCUGUGCAUUUUGCCAGUGGAGUGAAAAACUACAUGAAGAAACCUUGUUACAUGCAGGACAGUGCUACAGACCCUUCAGAGGACCAGUCCUGGCCACGUGGCACUCUAAGGCACAUCACAGAGAGUCCUUUUGGGCUUUCCGGGGGCUUGCGGGAAGGAAGCCUCAGCUCCCAGGACUCCAGGACUGAAAGUGCCAGCUUGUCCCAGAGCCACGUCAAUGGCUUCUUUGCCGGCCACUUAGGAGACCGAGGCUGGCAGGAGUCACAGCAUGGCAGCCCAUCCUCGUCUUUAACAUCCAAGGUUGCAGAGAAGUUGUUCUCUGAUGGUAACCGAAACAAAGCUAAAAGGCCAGGCAUCUCUGACACAGCUGAGCUCUCUGACCACGGUGAUUCUGACACAGAUGACACUGCUUAUGCCAGCAACCAGGAUCAUCAAACACCAAAAAAGGAACCUUCCUCCUCGAUGAAUAUAAGCAACAAAAUGAGCUUUAGAGCUUUCUCUGCAUCACCUAAGCCUGGAGAAAUCUUUGAGGUUGAACUGGCUAAAAAUGAUAACAGCUUGGGAAUAAGUGUCACGGGAGGUGUGAAUACCAGCGUCCGACAUGGUGGUAUUUACGUGAAAGCCAUUAUCCCCAAAGGAGCAGCAGAGUCAGAUGGCAGAAUUCACAAAGGUGAUCGUGUGCUCGCUGUUAAUGGGGUCAGUCUGGAAGGAGCUACCCACAAGCAAGCUGUGGAAACACUAAGAAGCACAGGGCAGGUGGUUCAUCUACUGAUAGAAAAGGGGCGCUCACUGACACCCAAAGAACCUGAUCCUGGAAGCACACGAUGCACCCCUCCAGACCAGGAUGCCCAAAGUGAUGCCGCCGAGAAGAUGGUGAAGAAAACAGCUCAUGUCAAAGACUACAGCUUUGUUACUGGAGAUAAUACAUUUGAGGUCAAGCUGCUUAAGAAUAGCUCGGGCCUAGGAUUCAGUUUUUCUCGAGAAGAUAAUCUUGUGCCAGAACAAACUAAUGCCAGCAUCGUAAGGGUUAAAAAGCUCUUCCCUGGACAACCAGCUGCAGAAAGUGGGAAAAUUGAUGUUGGAGAUGUCAUAUUGAAAGUGAAUGGGGCCUCCUUGAAGGGACUGUCUCAGCAGGAAGUCAUAUCUGCUCUCAGGGGAACAGCUUCUGAAGUGUCCUUGCUCCUCUGCAGACCCCCUCCCGGUGUGCUACCAGAAAUUGAUACUGCAUUCUCAACUCCACUCCACUCUCCAGCACAAGUGUUUCUAAACAGCAGCAAAGAGCCUUCUCGGCCACCAUACUCAACGGAGCAGGGUACCAGCUCGAAUGAAACUGAGACAUCCAGUGGAAACAAGGAACAGCGCAAGUGUCCAUCCAGGAGAGAGAGCUCCAGUGACAGCAGUGUGAGUGGAGAGGAUGACUCUGCAAGAGCUGCACCCGAGAAACCAAAUGUAACGGUGACUUCAGCUUUGACUCAAGCUCUGAACAACAUGGUGUCACAGGAGCACAGUCAACAUGAAGCACCCAGAGGCCAAGAAGAACCCACAUGUACCAUGUUUUACUUCCCUCGGAAAAUGCCCAGCAAACUGGAAUUUGAGAACAGCCAUCCACCGCCACCGCCAGAAGUGAAUCCUGGACAGAUGUGUCAGCCCCAGUCACAAUUUGCUUCUUCUGACUCAGUGGGGAAAUAUUAUACACAUCUUGCUUCGGAACUGAACAAACCAGAAAACGUGACAACUUUGAAAAAUGACUUGGGAAACCACCUUGAGGACUCUGAGCUGGAAGUAGAACUUCCCAUCACCCUAAUUAAAUCAGAAAAAGGAAGUCUGGGUUUUACAGUGACCAAAGGCAGCCACAGUAUUGGCUGUUAUGUCCACGAUGUCAUACAGGAUCCAGCCAAGGGGGAUGGAAGGCUGAAGCCUGGAGAUCGCCUUAUAAAGGUUAAUGAUACAGACGUUACAAAUAUGACCCACACCGAUGCUGUGAAUCUGCUGCGAGCUGCACCCAAGGUCGUCAGAUUAGUUCUUGGGCGGAUCCUAGAGUUACCCAGGAUGCCAGUGUUUCCCCAUUUGCUGCCUGACAUUACAGUAACACGCCAUGAAGGAGAGUUAGGAUUUUCUCUCUCUGGAGGUCAUGGCAGUCCACAUGAAGUAGUGUAUAUUAGUGACAUUAACCCAAGGUCGGUUGCAGCUGUUGAAGGCAACCUGCAGCUAUUGGAUAUCAUCCAUUAUGUGAACGGAGUCAGCACACAAGGAAUGACCUUAGAAGAAGCAAACAGAGCAUUGGGCCUGUCACUUCCUUCAGUGGUGCUGAAAGCAACAAGAGACGGUUUUCCAGUGGUGCCUAAUUCAUCAAGAUCUGCCAUCUCAGCACCCAAGAUCACCAAAGCCAACGGUCAUACCAGCGUGGAACUUUGUGGUCUCCCUGCCCUCACACCUAAGAAUUCAUUCUCCAAGGUUAAUGGGGAAGAAGUAAUUGAAGCUGCGUACCCUGGAGGAAAAUGCUCAUCUUCUCAAAAGAGGGAAUCAACAGACGGGACUGAAACCAAAGACUCUGACUCCCAGGAUGAUGACAUCUAUGCUGAUCCUCAAGAAGCUGAAGUUAUCCAGUCCUUACUGGAUGUCGUGGAUGAAGAAGCUCAGAACCUCUUAAACCAGACUAAUGCUGUCAGAGCGGCCUGCUCUCCAGACAUGCCGAGGACAAAUGGGGAGGCACCAGAACGAGGAGGAGCAGAUACGGACUGUGAUGUCUCUCCGUUACCUGAAGACGGUCCUGAGUCAAUGAAUGGCUAUGAAGAAUAUAAAGAAAAAAUAAACAGUGAAAGAUUAACUCAGGCAUCACAAGAGGAGAAGCCUGUGAAAGAUGGAGUAACACAGGGAAGCAGUGACUUGCCAGUAGAGACAACAGACCAUGAGGACCAUGAGGACGCCAGCAAAGGUCAUCUCUUCUUGACAAAUGAGGAGCUGGCUGCCCUGCCAGUGGUCAGAGUCCCUCCCUCCGGCAAGUACACCGGCUCUCAGUUGCAGGCCACCAUCCGCACGCUUCAAGGAUUGCUUGACCAGGGAAUCCCUACUCAGGAGCUGCAGAAUCUUCAAGAAUUAAAACCUUUGGAUCAGUGUCUGAUUGGACAAACUAAGGAAAACCGAAGGAAGAACAGAUACAAAAAUAUUCUCCCCUAUGACAGCACAAGAGUGCCUCUUGGAGAUGAAGGUGGAUACAUCAACGCCAGUUUCAUCCGGAUCCCAGUGGGGACACGGGAGUUUGUCUACAUUGCCUGCCAGGGGCCUUUACCCAGCACUGUGGGGGAUUUCUGGCAAAUGGUUUGGGAGCAGAACUCCACAGUGAUAGCGAUGAUGACACAAGAGGUGGAGGGAGAAAAGGUCAAAUGCCAGCGCUACUGGCCCAGUAUCCUGGGCACGACGACCAUGGCCAAUGAGAGGCUGCGCCUGCGCCUCCUGAAAAUGCAGCAGCUGAAGGGCUUCGUCGUGAGGGUGAUGAGCCUGGAGGAUAUUCAGACAGGAGAGGUACGGCAGAUCACUCAUCUGAAUUUCACUGCCUGGCCAGACCAUGAUACACCCUCCCAGCCAGAUGACCUGCUCACUUUCAUCUCCUACAUGAGACAUAUCCAUAGGUCAGGCCCAGUCAUCACACACUGCAGUGCUGGCAUUGGACGUUCGGGAACCCUCAUAUGCAUAGAUGUGGUCCUAGGAUUAAUCAGCCAAGAUCUUGAAUUCGACAUCUCCGACUUGGUGCGCUGCAUGAGACUGCAGAGGCACGGCAUGGUGCAGACAGAGGGUCAGUACGUGUUCUGCUAUCAAGUCAUCCUCUAUGUCCUGACUCAUCUUCAGGCUGAAGAACAGAAGGCACAGCAUAACUCCCACAGUGACCGAGAGCAGCCUCCGAUGACCCCCAUGCCCCCUUGCUGACUCCUGCUCCGCUCAAACAAGAGCAGCCAGUCCAAGCAGUCACAGUGACGAUGUUCAAUCCCUCAUCCUUAUAGGAGGGCACUCCUGGGAGAUAUACAUAUCAGGAUGCCGUGUUUAACAACUGAUGGUUAUCAGAACUCGUUUCACAUGACCUGAACAAGGCACGUCUUAGGAACAAGGCAGCAUUUGAUCAUAGUGAGCAUUGUUACAAAGACACAGACUAUUUUUAAUGUACCAAAUCUUGUUUAUAGCAAAUUCUCCAGUAUUUUAAUAAAGUAGAUUUAUUUUAUAGAGGAUACUUGAAGCCAGUAUUUAAGCUUUUAAUGACAGUAAAACAGCAUAGAAAAGAAACUAGCAAUGUUUACUAUAUCAGUUUCUAAUGUUUACUAUAUGCAAUUUCCUGUAAUAUAUUUAUAUACUUUUCAUGAAAAUGGAAUUAUAAGAUA